UCUUACUGGGGCCAAGUAAAAUGUGUAUUUCGAAAACUCAAAAAUAUUUCUUUGCGCCCUGCUCUUGACAAAGUUAGGGUAGAAGACAGCAAGGAUCGGCUUCCUUAUUAAUCUUUACAAACUGCCACCCGUUUGCCAUGUAGAGAAUACGUACAUACACAAAUACAUAGAGGAAGAAAGGGAGGAGAGAGAGGGGCUUCCUUGUAAUCAAUCUUACAUCAUUCAAUUCCCUUUUGAUUUAUUAAUUCAAAUAUUGGAGUUCGUUUUUCUUUUUUCCUAAAGAAUUAUAUUUUCUGGGUCAUAAAUAUUUUGGUAAAGGUCUGGAAAUUCGAAGGUUUAUUUGUCGACCUCCUCUCUUAUCUCUUGAGGCCCAGAAUUUUUAAUUAGGAGAUCUUCAUUUUUGGGUUAAUUUGAUUCUUAAUUUGCAUUUUUUGGCUUGAUCUUGGAUCGGAGAGUGAUAUAUACACAUAUUCUUGCAUAUGCAAUAUAUAUGUACGGUACUUCAAGAUUUUUGGGGAAAUUAUACAGUAUGGUGGCAGAAUGGGGAUCUCGUUAUUGUUCCAAGAAGACUGAUGAUAUAUGUGGUGAUGAGAACUCAACUCGGACCUUGAGCAUGUUGAGAUUGAAGUGUAUUCUGCGUGGUCUGGAUAUCAGAUGCUGUCUCUUCCUUCUCAUGUUGGUCCCGAUAUGCUUUUUGUUUAUUUAUAUGCAUGGCCAGAAGAUCACAUACUUCUUGAGGCCUUUGUGGGAAUCACCACCUAAGCCUUUCAAUGAAAUUCCUCAUUAUUAUCAUGAGAAUGUAUCAAUGGAGAAUCUUUGUAGACUCCAUGGUUGGGGAAUACGUGAGUAUCCAAGGCGUGUUUUUGAUGCAGUGUUGUUCAGUAACGAGCUGGACCUCCUCAAGAUACGAUGGAAGGAAUUGUACCCUUAUGUUACAGAAUUUGUACUACUUGAGUCGAAUUCCACAUUCACCGGACUGUCGAAGCCUUUGGUCUUUGCUGCUAAUCGACAGCAAUUCAAAUUUGUGGAGUCUAGAUUAAGUUAUGGGCAAGUGCCGGGGAGAUUUAGGAAAGGAGAAAAUCCGUUUAUCGAGGAAGCUUAUCAACGACUUGCGUUGGACUAUCUGCUUAAACAAGCUGGUAUUCAAGAUGAUGACUUGUUGAUUAUGUCUGAUGUUGAUGAGAUACCAAGUAGAUACACGAUUAACCUCUUGAGGUGGUGUGAUGACAUUCCCUCAAUCCUACAUCUUCGACUGAAGAACUAUUUGUAUUCAUUUGAGUUUCUUCUCGAUAAUAAUAGCUGGAGAGCUUCGGUUCACAGGUAUCAAUCUGGCAAGACGAGGUAUGCACAUUAUAGGCAGUCGGAUGACAUUUUGGCCGAUGCAGGGUGGCACUGCAGCUUUUGCUUCCGCCGAAUUAGCGAGUUCAUAUUCAAGAUGAAAGCUUACAGCCAUGUGGACCGAGUGAGAUUUUCUCAUUUUCUGAAUCCUAAAAGAGUCCAGCGAGUAAUCUGCAGAGGGGCUGAUUUAUUUGACAUGCUUCCAGAAGAGUACAGUUUUAAGGAAAUCAUCGGAAAAAUGGGACCUAUUCCUCACUCUUAUUCAGCGGUUCAUCUCCCAGCAUAUCUUUUGGAAAAUGCUGAUAAGUAUAAAUUUCUCUUGCCGGGAAAUUGCAUAAGAGAACGUGACUGAAUGAAAUGGACCGCAUUUGUGUCAUUUUUUUCGUAAAGGUUGAAGGUUAGCUUUGGCUCCCGGCACAGGGUUUCAUUGUCCAAUUGAUCACCGUGCUUGUAUCUUUUUUACAACUUUUUGGCAAAAUUGGACGCCUACUUGGAUUUCUAGAGUGAGUUAUGUAUAUGACUUUUCAUAGAGUUGGUUUCUGUGCGGGAUUUGGGUAGCAUCCAUUUACGAGGUGGGAUUUUGCGGCUCCAUUGUGGUUCCUGGGCUUUUGUUUUCCCCGCAUCAGGAAAUUUUCCGAUAUGGGACUAAUUUAUUCAAAUGUUAUUGCAAAUUAUGUUGUUUACUCCAUAAUUUCAACUCUCUGACAUUCUUGCUGAUCAAAAUGCUUAAUCCUAGAAAAGUAUAUCGAUGUUAUUGAAAGUUAUAAGUUCUUUCUUGCUUUGCUUUACACUUGCCCUGGGUCAAGCUAAUGAAUGGAAUCUGGUGUUCUGCC